CAGACCACAGAAGGUACAACUGGUGGACAAUGGAAAGCUGGUGGCAUUGACUCUAAUUAGCUCAUUGUCAUCGUUUUGGAUGAGAUCACACAAGGAGAAUCCCAGGGAUAGUGUUUAAGUAAAAUCGGUAGACAUGGGUGAUUGGACCUUCCUUGGAGAGUUUCUAGAAGAGGUGCAGAAACAUUCCACGGUGGUGGGGAAAGUAUGGCUGACCAUCCUCUUUAUCUUUCGGAUGUUAGUAUUAGGAACAGCAGCGGAAUCGUCUUGGGGUGACGAGCAAUCUGAUUUCAUGUGUGACACCAACCAGCCGGGUUGCGAAAACGUUUGCUACGACAAAGCCUUCCCCAUCUCCCACAUCCGGUAUUGGGUCCUUCAGAUCAUUUUCGUUUCCACGCCGUCGUUGCUAUACAUGGGACACGCAAUGCACACCGUUCGAAUGGAAGAAAAGAAAAAAGUGAAGGAAGAAGAGAAAUCGAAGGAGAACAUGGACGGCGAUAGCACUUACCACCAACAAGAAUACCAAACGGAAAAAAAAGAACUUCCUUAUAAAGACGAGAUAACGGGCAGAAUCAGGCUCCAAGGAAGUCUAUUGAACACCUACGUGUGUAGUAUUUUGAUCCGUACUAUGAUGGAGAUAGCUUUUCUUGUUGGACAGUACAUGCUUUACGGGAUAUUUUUGGAAACUCUAUAUGUUUGCGUCAGGACUCCAUGUCCCCAUCCCGUGAACUGCUAUGUUUCCAGGCCGACGGAGAAGAACGUGUUCAUCGUUUUCAUGAUGGCCGUAGCUGUCUUGUCGCUGAUUCUCAGCCUGGUAGAACUUUACUAUUUGGCGUGGAAAAAGAUCAGACAGAAAGUGUCCGGUUCUUCAAAGAACGGCCCGAAUGCUUUAAAAGUGGCCACGGUGGAACCCGAGCACAGGUCUCAAAGUUGUACCCCACCUCCCGAUUUUAACCAGUGCUUAAGCAGCAACAAAGACAAAUUUGGUAGUCCCUUCAACAACGCUUUGGCAUCUCAGCAGAACACAGUCAACUUUGCAACUGAAAUGGUCCAUGGUGAAGAAGACAACGGGGAUGGACAGUUUAUCCACAUAAGCUACGGGCAAAAUCCCCCGGUGUCUAUCAAUUCUGCCCCGCACCAUACAUCGAAUGGUUAUUGCCAUAGCAACCGCCGCUUGAGUAAGACAAGUCGCACGAGUAGCAAAGCACGAUCGGACGAUUUAGCUGUGUGAUUGGCCCGACUUUGUUAGGAUCCCCGCCUUUGGGUUAUUCCAGUUAUUGCUAUUUCUGUGGCGUUAACGCAGCUUUGAAGCCAGGGUCGGCAUCCCUUUAGACAUUUUUAGCGUCUGUCUGGGGAACCGUUCAGCUGAGGUGCAUCUGGCUCAAAAGGAUGAGGUGAAAAAUAUAUUUUUAGUGAAUCGCUCCGUUUUUGAGGAUUUGCAUAGAUUUACAGAACUAAAAAAUCUAUGGUUGUGCAAUGUCCAAAAACUGGAUAAAACCUUUUUGUGGUGGUUCCCAUCCACCCUUUAUUUUUACCUUAAAAGUGUAAUUGGCAUUAAAUAUUCUGUGCCUUAGGGGUUUAAAAUAUAUGUCUGACCCAGUUGAAGACAAAACAAGGAGAACAUCUUUAAUGGAAUGUGGGAAAUACAUUUCUGAUGAUCCGGAAUGACGGUAUCCCAGAAACAUUCUUGGCACAUGGACUAUGCCAACAAAUCAUAAGCACAUUGACUGUAAUGGUCAUAGACUUUCUAUCCAGCUUACCAAAAUGGACAAUGUCAUGGUGGACAUGGUGGACUCCAUCUAUUUUAAAAUCAUGUUGAAUUACAACGUGAAAAAAAGGCAGAUGAUCCUUGACUUUUUUAAAUAAGAGACCCCUAUUGCCUGUGUCUUCUGCCUUAAAAGAAAUGUUAGAAUAAUUUUACUAUUACUGAGUUUUCUAACCGAAAAAGAUUUAGUCCAAUGUUAUCAAUUAUUUGUAUUAAAAAUAUUGUUACAAUG